GGCGAGAACAAACUUCCUAACUCGAAGUAAUAGCAAAGUUCGCAAGUAGUGGAAUCGAUAUUUCUGUCGAUGAAUCGAAUUUAAGAAAUAUCGAUUAUGCGACUUCCAGCUAAUGCAUGGAUUCUGGACUGAAAACAAGGGUUAUGACAGGUUAUGUGUAUUAAUUUUCCUAAGAGUUUGUGAACAAUGUUUGUCUUAACCAAAUUAAAGUACCUAGCUACGCCAAUAAAUUAUCUUAAUUCUUCCAUAACGUCAACUUUUUCGACAUGUUGCAACGGUUGUUCGCGUGGAAAACUGAUCACCUGUGCCAGAGAUUUUCAGGGCGCAGUAAGGUGUGUUGCAGCUUCCUUUUUGCACACUUCAUCUUCCAGAUAUGAUUUGAUGGAAUUCUUUGAUGAUGAAAAAAAUUGGGGAGCUUCUGAAGUGAAAGUUGGGAGAGCAUGGAAAAAAGAAGAACUUCGUAUCAAAAGUAAUUCAGAUUUACACAAAUUGUGGUACGUUUUACUGAAAGAGAGAAAUAUGUUGUUAACCAUGGAACAUGAAGCAAAGGAAAAGGUUGCUUUGUUUCCUAAUCCUGAAAGGUUAGAUAAAGUAGCUGAGAGUAUGGAGAAUCUCGAAAGUGUUGUCAGAGAACGAAAUAGAGCAUAUUUUGAACUGGAGACAGGAGAAACGGGUGAAAAGGAAGCUGUUUUUGACCAUGAAGAACUUGGAUUGAAGCAGUUUCCUGAAUUGGCUGGAAAACGUAUUUCAAAACACAUCGAUGAACAUUGGCAUUAUCGACUAAUGACAUUGUUUAAAGGAUCUGCUGUUGCUAAAUUUAAAAAACUCUACAGGGAGAAGAUAGCAAAUGAGGAAAGGAAAGCGAGAAAUCGAAAGCGAAACCAUGUAAUGCAUUUACUGAAGAGGUUUCCCCACAUUGAUACAGCAACAUUAGAAAAACUAUAUCCAGAAGUGAAUAUUAGAAAAGCAAUGUCACAUAAGAAAACAUUGGGUAAUCAUCCACAUAAUAGAGCAUAAAUGAAGCAAGUGGAAGUGAUGAAGCUUAUAAUGGUAUUUUUUAAAGGCUUUGUGUAUAGAAAGCAAGCCUCAUACAUUGCUUGUGCAGCUCACUAUCAUCAGUGAUCGCUUUCUUUGUUAAAUAAAAUAUAUGAAAAUAA